CAAGCUUUCGCACUUCGCAGACUGACUCUUCCUGCAACUUCGAUUCUCUUGGCAUCACGUCAAUGGCUGUCACCUUCUCCCAUCUCCACACCGAGGCAGGCCUCAAGUCACUCGAUGAGUACCUCGCCGGAAAGACUUACAUCUCUGGGGGUAAGUUGUCCAAGGAUGAUAUAAAAGUCUAUGCUGCUGUUUUGGGGAAACCUGGCGAUUGCUUCCCCAAUGCUAGCAGGUGGUACGAGUCUGUAUCUUCACAUCUUGCCAAGAGUUUCCCUGGAAAGGCUGUUGGUGUAAGAAUUGGUGGUAAAGGUGCUCCAGCUAAGGCUGCUGCUGAAGAUGACGACGACGACUUGGAUCUCUUUGGUGAUGAGACAGAGGAGGAAAAGAAGGCGGCUGAGGAGAGGGAAGCUGCUAAAAAGGCAUCAUCCAAGAAGAAAGAGAGUGGAAAGUCUUCCAUCCUUAUGGAUAUUAAACCUUGGGAUGAUGAGACUGACAUGAAGAAGUUGGAAGAAGCUGUCCGGAGUGUUGAAAUGCCUGGUCUACUGUGGGGAGCAUCCAAACUUGCUCCAGUUGGUUAUGGCAUUAAGAAGCUGCAGAUCAUGCUUACCAUUGUUGAUGACCUUGUCUCUGUGGAUACUCUCAUAGAGGAACACCUCACAGUUGAGCCCUGCAACGAGUUUGUCCAGAGUUGUGACAUCGUUGCCUUCAACAAAAUAUAGAAAGCAUUUCUUCUAUUGCACUGAUCUUAGUGUUAGCCAAUUUUGGCAUCAAUAUAUCCUCUUUCCUCAAGUUACUUUCCAGUACAUUGUUUUUGUUUUGUAUUGUUACCAUAAGAUUAUAAUCCUAAAUCCGAGCAUUUUGUGAUGUUUUGCUGAACCAUUUUAUGGUGCAACCUUUUCAUUUUGGUAUUUUUUUCAAAGAGGGUUUUUGAAUGUACCCUUGUUAGUCCUUGAAAACCUUCAUCUAAUCUUAGUUAAAAUCAAGACUUGUGACUUUG